GACUCCGUGGUUAUAUAUCGCAUGCAUGUUUCUCAUGCAGCAUCGCUUAAUCCACAAAAAGGGGGGAAAAAAACACACGAACAUUUCUGUUUGAGAGAAAAAAAUUAAUGGAAGGUCUUUUGCAGUUUCUAUUAGCCAAAAUCAUUUUGUUGGCUUUAGCAUCUUCGUUUGUAUAUUGUUACGACCCAUCUCCUCUUCAAGACUACUGUGUUGCCACCAACGAAACUAAUGGAGUUUAUGUAAAUGGAGAGUUCUGCAAAGAUCCAAAACGUGUAACAACCAAUGAUUUUUAUACUUCCGGCCUAAACGUCCCCGGAAACACCAUCAUCGGGCCCGGCGCUAGAAACACCGUCGUGGAUGUCGAAAGACUGCCUGGUCUCAACACUCUUGGGGUCGACAUUGCCCGCUAUGACUUUGCCCCGGGCGGUCUAGACCCACCUCACACACACCCGCGUGGCAGCCAGAUCUUCUUAGUCAUGAAGGGCAAGCUUUUCGUUGGUUUUGUGUCGUCAAAUGAAUACAACUACACGCUCUUCACCAAAGUUCUUUAUCCGGGAGAUGUAUUUGUGUUUCCCAAAGGUUUGAUACAUUUUCAUGCGAAUAUUGGGGAGACAAAUGCCGUUGUGAUUUCUGCGGGUGGGAGCCAAGACCCCGGUAGGAUCAUAAUAGGUGAUGCGGUUUUCGGAUCAAAACCUUUGAUUGAUCCCAAGGUUUUGGCUAAAGCUUUUGCGUUGGACUACAACAAAGUGAAAUAUCUUCAGGCAGUGUUUUCUUGAUGACAUACUAGCUUAAGAGAAUAAUGAUAAAAUAUAGUUAUGC